CAAGCAAGGCUAUCCAUGCUCGACUGAAUUUGCGUGCGAUAGCUUGACGGUCGUAGAGAAGUGGGAGACAACACAAGAGCAUCAUUGGAUGACAGACAUCACAGUAUUCCGUCGCAUCCACAAUUUGCGCCCAGAGAAAACACUUUUCGUCAACGUUUACCAUCGCCCCUUGGGUAAACAAAUCAUUGUUUUUCAUUUCGAUUGUAGGAAUGGGGUAGCUACUUCUUUUUCUAGCUGCAGAUGUUGGCGUCCGCUCUUCGCCUGCUAGCUAGCGGAUAACGAACCAACUAACUGUCACCUGAAGAGUGGGAUGAGAUGAAGUCGGCGAUCUUUUGGAUGUUUGAUAAGACCUAUCCUAUCCUAGAGAUGCAUCUGGAAGAAGAGCAUGACGAGUGAUUCUACUUUGUGGAUUUGUUGCUGUGCUGAAGGGAUGCGUGGGCUGGAAGUCCUAGGGCACUGCUAGCUAGUCCACUUCUGCUCAGAGAGAACGCAGCACUGGGUCCUCCACACACUGCCUGCCUGCCUGGGGAGACCAGCUACCACAUCCUCACAGCAUUGGAUGCAGCUGGCUCAAAAAACAGAAGAAGAAGAAGCGAGGGCUGUCUGGUGUUGUGAUGAUGAGGGGAUAACGGGGCAGAGCGCUGAGGGCCCUGAGGUGGACUGGCACAGUUGAAGCAGCAGGCCAGGGUUGAGCCAGGCCAGGGGAGGCAGGCGGUGGGCACCCACCGUCCAGGGACCAGGAGCCACCAUUUCUCGGGUGGUGUUGCCGGCGCGGAGGAGGGGCGCCGUGCGGAGGCUGGAGGCUCUUUGGAUGAUGACCAGCCUGUUCCGCCGCCACAGCAACAGCAGUGGUAACCAUGGUGACAUGGCGGCGCACAGGGAAAGCCCUGUUCCAGCCGAACUCAACAACAGUCGUCCCGGUGGGGGUGGACGCACGGUGCGGCAUCUGGAGUUCAACCAGGCCAUGGAGGACUUCAGGACCAUGUUCCCCAGCAUGGAACAGGAGGUGAUAGAGUGUGUUCUGCGGGCCAACCACGGAGCCGUGGACUCCACCAUCGACCAGCUGCUCCAGAUGAGCCUAGACGGACACAGCUCCGACGACAGCUCUGACUCAGAGGACAGCCUUCCUCCUGAGAUCCUUGAGCGGACGUUGGAGCCGGACAGCUCUGACGAGGAGCCGCCGCCGGUCUACUCCCCGCCAUCCUAUGACAUGCACAUCUACGACAGGAAGUACCCAGGCGAGGUCCAGCCCACAGCCUCACCACCUCCCAGCUUUGAUGCCAGUCAAACUCCUCCCUGCCAGCCCCCUCUUGGCCCACCCCCUCCCGCCAGUCAAUGGCAGGUUGGCAGUUACAGGAACUGGAACCCACCGUUACUAGGCAACCUCCCUGAUGACUUCCUGCGGAUCCUGCCUCAGCAGCUGGAUAGUCUGCCACGCUCACACACCAGCCUAACGCAGAGUAGUCUGACCCAGCCCUCGUCCUCUUCUUCCUCCCUGUCGUCCGUGACGCAGCAGGUUCAGCCGGAGGCUGGGGCGGGGGCCAGGGCAGGCCAGGUUGGCAUGGAGACGGAGCAGGAGAGGAAGCUGAAGCAGUACUUGGGGGAUGAGCGCAUCGCCCUCUUCCUGCAGAACGAGGAGUUUAUGAGGGAGCUGCAGCGCAACCGCGAGUUCCUCAUCGCCCUUGAGAGAGAUCGGCUGCAGUAUGAGUCAAAGACAUCCAAGUCCCAUCAUUCACAGGCUUUCAUGGGGAUGUCCACUCCAGGAGAUAAUUGUGCCUCAGGCUCUGGGGAGGCCUGCACCAAUGUUACAGACGAUGCCUUGUUCCGUGACAAACUCAAGCACAUGGGCAAAUCUACACGGAAGAAGCUUUUUGAAGUCGCUAGAGCUUUCUCUGAAAAGUCCCGAAGAAGAAAAAUGAAAAGGAGAGCCCUCUUGAAACAUCAUUCACUGGGUAAUGCUGCCUCAACUGCCAACCUCUUGGCUGACGAAGAAGCCGGACACCUGAGUGAGGAGGACAGCAAACUUAAGAGACCAGGCCCUCAAGAAGAGGAGGUGCCCCAGCAGGAAGUGUUGUCAUGAUUUCUCAUAUAGUUUAGUCUGUGACAAUGGAAGAACAAAAUGGCUCACACUACACCUCUGGACCUGAACCAGCCCGUCCCAAGUCCCAUGGAAUAUUGUUGCCUUCAGAUGCUCUUCGGAACUGGGAAAUGUCACAUUUAAGUCGUAAGUCCAACAUGACUGUUUUGGAAGUCAGAGCAAUUAUUCAACCAAUGAGAUUUUAGCUAGCAAAAUGAGCUAGCUAAUAAUACUAAUGAUAAAGUUAGCUAGCUUGCUUAACUUUGACAGUAGGGUCAAAAUAGCUAUUAUCCACAUUGAUAAGUUUGACGGCAUCAAAGGUGAAAGGUCAGUGAUGAAACGUCACAACUCUUAAAUUGGGUAUCAUCUCCAUCUCCGACUUUCCCAUUUGGAAUUCCAAAUUGGGAGGGUUAUUCAAGUGCUUAUUUCCCAGUCUAAACAUUGUAUUUCCCACUUCCGAGUAGCAUUUGAAGGCAGUCUUUUGAUUUCUUGUUUCAGAAAUCAACAAACUAGCUAGUUAGACACUUUUUUGUAUGAUUUAAAUUACAUUUGAAUAUAAAAUCUAUAUUGUUAUUGAUGGUGAAUAUUAAUAAUGUUAUGAUUUUAUUUUUUAUGUAUUACUCAUUUGGAAUUAUUCCUGAUAAUUGCUGGGUGAUACAGUGAAAGCUGGAGUUGUAAUUCCGAUACGACUCAGGACUCUAGUGCAUUUUACUCGCAUAUGAAUGGAUUUGAACAUAUUUAUACUGAACAAAAAUAUAAACGCAACAUGCAACCAUUUCAGAGAUUUUACUGAGUUACAGUUCAGAU